AUGAAAACGGAGACACUGCGGCAAAUGCUGUGCUCUCUUUCAGAUUCAUCAGACUGCUUUUUGUGUACUGUUGAAUUUUGGCCAAAUGACAAAAAGGACAAGUGCAUUCAAAAACCAACUGAAUUCCUUUCCUUUACCGAAAUCUUGGGGACUGUAUUAACUGUGUUUUGCUGCUUGGGUGUAUUUUUGUCCAUUUUAAUAUUCAUAAUUUUCUUGGUUCAUAGAGAAACACCGAUUGUCAGGGCCAACAACUCAGAGCUGAGUUUCCUGCUGCUUCUCUCUUUAAAACUGUGUUUCCUGUGUUCUCUGACCUUCAUCGGCCGUCCCUCAGACUGGUCCUGUAUGCUUCGCCACACAGCUUUUGGGAUCACCUUUGUCCUUUGUAUCUCUUGUAUUCUGGGGAAAACGAUAGUGGUGUUGAUGGCCUUCAGGGCUACACUACCUAGCAGUAAUGCUAUGAAAUGGUUUGGUCCAACUCAGCAGAGACUCAGUGUAUUGGCUUUCACUCUCAUACAGGUUGUUAUUUGUAUUAUUUGGUUAAAAAUCAACCCUCCAUUUCCAAAUAGAAAUUUUCAGUCCUUUAAAGAUAGAAUAGUCUUAGAAUGUGCCUUAGGAUCCCCUAUAGGGUUUUCGGCUGUGUUGGGGUACAUAGGAGUCCUAGCUAUGUUAUGUUUUAUACUGGCUUUUCUGGCCAGAAGGCUGCCUGAUAGUUUCAAUGAGGCCAAAUUCAUCACCUUCAGCAUGGUGAUAUUCUGUGCUGUUUGGAUCGCCUUUAUCCCUGCUUAUGUCAGUUCUCCUGGGAAGUCAACUGUAGCUGUGGAAAUAUUUGCAAUUCUUGCUUCCACCUUUGGCUUGUUAUUAUGCAUAUUUGUACCAAAAUGCUUUAUUAUUAUUUUCAAGCCAGAACAAAAUUCAAAAAAGCAUAUCAAGAGUAAGAUGCAAAGCAAAGGUGUCUAA